AUGAAGGACAAAGGCCUCAAGGCUGAUUCGGACAUAUAUGCCGUGAACGAAAGCUUUGUUCCGGAUGACUGGAAAUCCGAAACAACAUCUAUUGCUUCCUCCCUAUAUCGAGGCUAUUAUGAAAAUGGGCGGAGAUAUCAGACCUUAAGGGAGGAAUCCUAUGUUCCGUCCGAUGAUCAACAAUUCGAGGCAUAUGAAGCUGGGUAUUAUCACAACCUCCUAAUUGCUUUGGAAACUACAACUGUCCGAGGAGUGGACCUAUUCCCUCCGCCGAUAAAAUGGAUGCCGCCAAAUUGCGUCCUUGAGGUGGACGACAUCCUCCAACCCUGGACAUGGCAACAGCCCUUCGAUCUCAUCCACAUGCGCAUUUUGGAUGCCGCUUUUACGCCUGAAGAGAAUGCACAACUAUAUCAACAAUGUUACGAUAAUCUUCGACCCGGUGGUUGGAUCGAGCAGCUCGAGUUAUCACACAACUUCCACAGUGAAGAUAAUAGCUGGCCGGAACAUUGCCACCUCAAAGACUGGGAAAAAUUGAUGACGACCGCUGCAGCAAAGUCUGGAAGACCUCUUGAUCUCUAUCACCGCUUUCCAAGUCUGAUCAAACAGACUGGUUUUGUCGAUGUACACGUGGAAGAAGUAAAGUGGCCGGUUGGGCCAUGGCCCAGGGAUAAGCAGCUAAAGGAGGCAGGAUCUGUCAAUCAGGCGCACUGGUUGGCAGGAAUGGAAGGGUAUUCAAUGUAUCUGUUCACGAAAUUUGGGAGUCCGACUAGCUGGUCGAAGGAGGAGGUCCAGGUUCACUUGGCCCGAGUGAGGAAGGAGUUGACGGAUUCCCGGUACCACCUUUACCAUACAGUAAAACGGGUUUGGGCUCGGAAGCCUAUGCCAGACGAACAUAUUAUUAAAAUUGAAGAUGAAUAG